GUACAUAAUGAUACUAGUGAAGUUGCAUUUUUGUUGGAUAAAAGAGGACUAUUAUAAAAAGAGUUUCGAGCACAUGAAGAUUGACUGGAGUAAGUUGGAAAAAAAUGAGGAGGUAUCACUGUUGAAACAAUCGUACGAUGAGUGUAUAUUCUACUAUAAACUCCUUUUCGCCAUGACCUACGUGCCAAGUGUCUUUCUUAUAGUAUUACAAUUCGCUCCAAAAAUUGCUGAUAUUAUUGUUCCCUUGAACGAAUCGCGACAUAACGAGUUGAUUCUGUCAAUCGAAUAUUUCAUCGAUACAGACAAAUAUUUCUAUCCUAUUGCAAUUCAUGUGAGCCUCAUAGCUUUGCUGUUAUCAACCGCAAUGUGCACGGUUGAUCUCUUAAACUGGAUAAUUCAACUGCACAUGGAAGGAAUGUUUCAUCUGCUUGGGUACCUGAUGGAGCAUCUAUUCGAUAAGCCAGAAGAUAUGAAUAAUAAGAUUGACUUGAACGCGGUUUACUACAGAAGAGUAGUUCACAUCAUAGAUUUACAUGAGAGGAACUUAAA